GUCAACUUGUUAUUUGUAAAACGUCAAAAAUAAUAAAAAUAUGGACCCAAUGGACCAUUAUGAGAAAAAUAAGUGUAAAUAAGUUUGUUUAAGAUUAUUUUUCGUAAAUAAUUACUAGUUGUCAUAUAAUGUGAAUUUAAAAGUGUUAAACACAUUCCAUAUUUAAAGACUGAUACUUGUAAAAAUGCUCAAAAAGUUAUUUAGUGCCAAGUUUUUCUAAUUACUUGAUAGUGUUUUGCCAUUAAGAAAGUACUCAUAUCAAUGGAUAAAGAUAACAAAAACUUUCUAAAAGAAUGGCCAAAUAUUAAAAACUUUUUUGUUGUUACUCUAAAAAACUGAACAUUUUUUCUACCUUAUAGUUGUCCAGUCAAGGUAAUAACAAUUAUCAUUUUCAAGAAUACUCUUUCAAUUAUUUACGAUGAAGGGGCUUAGCCCCUUAUUGUUAUUACUGAAUAUCCUAACAUUGGAUAAAGUAGUUUCACAACUUGGACCAUGUGACCGCACCAGAAGAGUUUUAACUGCUCCAAGAGGAGUAUUAAGUACAGGUCCAAUCGGGGCUAACUAUACCCAGGAUAGUCAUUGUGAGUGGCUUAUAAAGUCCAACAGCAGUACAGAGAGGUUUAUAUCACUUACCUUCCGAAGUAUGGGCACGGAAUGUGCUUACGACUAUGUCUUUGUGUAUGAUGGAUCAUCCUUCAAUGCUCCUCUUCUAGGAAGUUUUAGUGGAAGGACAGCACCACCUCGAGUAACAGCUGCAUCAGGAAGUAUGUUACUGUUACUCUACAGUGAUACAAACUAUGUUUUGGAUGGUUUUCGUGCAGAAUAUACUAUCUCUGCAUGUCCUGGUAAUUGUACAGGAAGAGGAUAUUGUUUGAAAGGCAGAUGUAUUUGUAAUGAUGCGCAAUGGGGUGGGCCAGAUUGUUCGAGAAAAUUAUGUCCAAACGAGUGUGGCAAAAAAGAGCGUCACGGUCAGUGCGACAAGGGUCAUUGUAUCUGUAGGUCAGGUUACUCAGGCCGUUCGUGUUCGUUGCCUGAAAAAAGUCCGUCGGAUGGGCGUUGGCAUUAUUUGGCUCAAACUGGCGAAGGACUAAGGCCUAGGGCGGCUCACUCCGCUGUUUAUGUAGGAAUUACAGAUGCCCUGUAUGUAUUUGGAGGGUACGACCUGAACCACGUCCUAGCAGAUCUUGAGGUGUACAAUUUUCAAACUAAUAGUUGGCGUGAUUCUAAUGGAAACGAAUUAAUAGAUUGGGAACUGGUCGACAGAGUGGAUCCCGCUGAAGCUGCACGUUUUAUUGCUCAACAAAGUUUGGAAGGUCUGGGUCUUCCCCAAAAUUCGCUGGUCAGCAAUAUUUUCUACGCCCUCGGCGACAAUUCUUCCAAGUUCUUGCGUAGGCAACGGCAUAGCGGAGGCCUGGCCGAAGAAGUUGUCGUGGGACCUCGCGGAAGAUACGGCCAUUCAGGCUGUGCCGCAGCCAAUGGAUUUGUUUUGUAUGGUGGCAAGUUAAAAGAUGGCAAUCUGUCAGACCAACUAUGGUACUACGACGUCCAAACACGGUUGUGGCACUUGCGCGCGCAAUUCUCCGUCGACCGACCGCCCAAACUAACGAGACACACCUUGACUUGCGUGAACAACACCAUUUACCUUUUCGGGGGAAGUACACCGGACGGGGAGUUCUCUUCUCAGCUCUGGCAAAUCAAACUACAUUCCGACUUUACCGAACAGUGGGCAGAAGUCCAUGCUCGAGGCGGGAAACCACUUGACAUCCGGGUAGUCGCUCACACCACUGUCCAUCACAGAGCAACAAACUCUCUCAUCGUUUACGGAGGCAUUGCCGCCGGCGUUGCCAGAUUUUCCAAGCUCUCCGACAAAAUGUUCGCCUUUCAACUCGACAAUAAGCACUGGACCGAAAUACACUACACCAGGGAACAUUUAAGAGAAAAAUUUGUACCGAGAGAACGAGCUUUCCAUAGUGCCAACGUUUUCGGGAAUUAUCUGGUUAUUUUUGGAGGAUACUCACAUAGACACAACAAAGAAGAAAUAUGCUACGACAAUCAAAUGUAUUUGUAUCAUUUGGGCUGCCACACGUGGGUCAACCCGGACAUUUUAGGCAGUCACAACGAAUCGCGGUAUCCAAAACAACAGGGAGUUUUUGCUCACGCUUCCAGCGUGCGUAACGAUCACACUUUAGUUAUAGUAGGCGGAUAUCACGGAAAUGUAAACGGGGAUUUACUAGCCUGGACAGCUCCACCAGCUUUAAGAAGCAUCCCUCCUUCAGCUUGCUCGUUGCAUGUCUCAUUUGGAGCUUGCUCAGCCGAUCCAGAAUGCGGAUGGUGCAGCGCAGACGACCGCUGCUAUGGCCGGACAGUCGGAGCUAACUGCACCACUAACCUACAAACCGCCAGAUGUCCGGGGGUAUGUCCCGCUCUCCAGGACUGUCACUCGUGUCUAGUUCACGGUCAUUUACACGGCACCGAAGAAUCCAGCUCUUCUUCGGCGUCAUAUAGGUUAGGAUUAGGAGAGUGCGCUUGGUGCGUGCAAAACGCCCGAUGUCACCCUAAGGACGAUCCUCACGGCGCUGGCGCUUGCGGGGCUCAAGAGGACAGUCCUAGUCAAAUACCAGGCUGGUGGGGACCGAAAGGAACGGAGAUUCGACAGCCUCAAGAUUGCGCGGCGUUGGAUCAUCGACCGGGAUUGACUUUUAUUAAAUACAAUCACCCAGCUAAUUUCUCACAGCCUGACCAUGUUACAACAUUGAACGCUACUACUAUAGACUUUAACGGGGCUGCUUUUUUACCGGCUCGUAUAGACGGAUUGGGAGGACAAGUAGUGGCUAAUUUGUUGGGGUUUUUACGACUUCCGAUAGGGUGGCGCGAGACACUUAACAUCUGCGCUAGUCACUCUGUAACUACCGUGACUUUAGCCGAUACUUUGGUUUGUAACAUCACAACAGUCGAACGAAACUGUACUUCGAGACCUUGGCCGGAAGAUCUCCCUGAAGGACGUAUCCCUAUAAAUUAUCAAAGUGUUAAGACAGUAGGGCAGUUAUACACACCGCACCAGCAAAGCCGUAUGGAGCUUCAACAUUCUAAACCUGAAGAAACACCGAAAGUUUUUACAUUCGAAUAUUUAGAACCCUUUGCUAACGGUACUUGCUCUCAGUACACCAACUGUCUUCACUGUUUAACCGAUUCCCAAUGCGGUUGGUGCGAAUUGACUAAUACUUGUCGAUCGAGAACUGACGACGAACAAGAGACUUGUGCUUUGGACGGAGAUUGGAGAUACCUAACGAUACAACCGGGAAUGUGUCCCAAUUGUAGUAAUUUUAUUUCUUGCACUUCCUGCGUAGCUACGGGUAUUUGCGAGUGGUGGAUCGAAGAAGCACGUUGUACUAGAAUGGGACAAAAACCAGGAUCGGUAAUUGAGGCAUCUGAAUGUCCCACUCCAUGUUAUAUGCGCAGUGGAUGUGACUCUUGUCUCGACCAAAGAGGUAGAUGCGUUUGGUGCCAAGCCACGCAAAAAUGUUUUAGUUUUUCAGUAUACACCAGCGAAUACCAGUUCGGAUUAUGCAGAGAAUGGCUGGACCAAGCCUUUCCCCUCAUCACCACACACGAAAACAGUUCACUAGCUCCGAAAUCUCAAGAACAAUGCAAAGCUUGUGCUGCACACACCAACUGCUCUGCCUGUCUAGGAGCUCUAAGUUGCGGGUGGUGUCACGAUGCAUCGAAUCCUAUGUCAGGAAUGUGCGUAAGAGGAGACUUUCAAAGACCCGAAACAAGUUGUUCUGAAGUUUUGGGUGGUAAAGAAGCUAAAUGGGCUUAUGCGCAAUGCCCAGAUGUAGACGAAUGUGGCUUAGGACUUCACGACUGUCACCCUCAAGCUGACUGUAUAAACACUGACGGUUCCUUUAGCUGUCACUGUCGGAAAGGGUAUAUCGGAGACGGGAGGUCUUCUUGCGUGAGAACUUGCUACAACGUGUGUGUUCACGGGAGUUGUCAGGGUGAACCGGAGUACAAAUGUUCGUGUGAUGUCGGAUGGUACGGUGACGAUUGUUCGAGAAAUUGCGGGUGUAACAACCACUCAGCCUGUCCGGAAGGGUACCAGAUAUGCGAUCAAUGCCAGGACCACACCAUGGGUAAAUAUUGCGAGUACUGUAGACCGGGUAGUUUCGGAAAUGCGACCACAGAACAAGGUUGUAGACCUUGCGAGUGUAAUGGACACGGAGAUUCAGAUAAAGGCGAGUGUGACAUUGAAACCGGCGAAUGCUUCUGUCAAGAUAACACGGAAGGUCUGCAUUGUGAACGGUGCAAGCCGAAUUAUUCCGGUGAUCCCCGAAAUGGACAACAGUGUUACUACCAAUGCGAGGCUCGAGGGGUUCUAACUGAACCAAAAGGUCAAGGAAUCAGCUCACUGCAGAACUUAAAUCCGCCUCAUGGAGGACCACCUAUUGGAGAAUGUCUGUGGAUUAUUAAACCGGAUGUGGAUUAUGGUACUCCGAUUAUUCAGCUUCAGAUCAACUCCACGCAGCUGAACGUAACCUGUGGUGAAAACGCCGUUUAUGUGUAUGAUGGUCUUCCGGAAUUGGUGGAUAUGGGAAGUCAAAGUGCACUGUCUGCGGUGUUUUGUACUCAGGAGGCUUUACCAACGGCUAUAGUCGAGUCUAGAACAGGUCAUCUAACAGUCCACUACAAACAAGGCCCACCCAACGAAAGCUUUAGCGCAGUCUACAAAGUCAUAAGCUGCGACGCGUGUGAAUCACCGCGCGAAUGUCGCGACGGCAAAUGCGUCUGCCAGGAAGGCUUUGUGGGCCCGAAUUGCUACGAAGAGAUCUGCCCUCGCAACUGCAGUUCGGCUGCGGGACGGGGUUCUUGCGACGCCAACUACGGCAGGUGUCUUUGUAAUGAAGGAUGGACGGGUCAGGAUUGUAGCAUCGCCUUUAACCUUUGGACGAGGUUCGAGUUUUUGGAAACCAAGUUACAACUAGUCUUCAUAGAACUCUUCAAUACAGAGCGUUUGGCUGUGGGUUUAGAUCAUUUACGAAAAACGUUACCCCGUUUUGGUCACUCCUUGGUAUCAGAUCGAAGAGGUUCUCUAUGGAUGUUUGGAGGUUAUUCUUUGAGCCACGGUCCUUUGAAUGAUGUCAGGCUGUUUGACACUAAAAAUAUCAGUUGGAUACAGGUCACUGUUGAAUCUACUCCUGACGCCAGAAUGCCGCAAGGAAGGUAUUUUCACGGAGCCGACAUUGUACAUUCCAAACAGGCUAUUUUUGUGUAUGGCGGACUGACAAAACCUCAAAAGAACUUAAACAAUCGGACAUUGAACGAUUUCUGGCAAUUCGACAUCCCAAAUCAGAGGUGGGAUGAAAUUGAAUCUCCCUACGCCAAUGUAAAGCUGCCUUCGGCUUACUGGGUGACCGAUUGGCCUCCGGCACUGUACGGGCACACGCUGACGUACUACAGGAACGCUGACAGAGACGAGAGCCUAAUACUCAUAGGCGGUGAUUCCCCGAAUCACGGAUUUCUGAACGUUAUAUGGGAGUACUCUAUCGACAAGAACGUCUGGACCAAAAUAAUGAGCAAAGGAAACGGACCCGCGGGCAUUUUCGGACACAGCACCGUGUUCCACUCCCAAACGAACAGUUUGUACGUGUUUGGAGGUUAUGUCUACGAGAAGCAGAUGAGCGUCAUGUCCAACAGUCUGUAUCGGUUGGAGUACGAGACGAAAACGUGGAUUGAACUGACAGGAGGCAAUAGUGGAUACGUGCCAAAACCGAGAUUCUUUCAUUCUGCCGUUACCACAGAUCAUUACAUGCUGAUUUUGGGCGGGAGAAUAUAUCCAUGGAACAUAAGCGAUACACUGUACGCGUUCUCAUAUAAUUGUAAUCAGUGGAUUAAUCUGAUGACUGAGUCCGUGGAAAAAAUUGGGCCUCAUCCAAAGCAGACUUACGCUCAAGCCAUGACAAUCGAACCUGACGGAGAUGCAGCCUAUGUGAUUGGUGGUUGGGAUAUUGAUACGCACACGAGUGUAUUGAAAAUAGAGCUUCCAAUGGACAUAUGCAACUUGUUCUCCACCAAAACAACAUGUUUAAGAGUACCCGGUUGCGGAUAUUGUGCCAACAAAAAUGGCGACGACAUUGUCACUCAAAUCUGUCACAGGAACACGCUGGAUUGUCCCUUAGACUCUACCGGAAAUACCGUAAGAAUCUCGAACAGCGGUCGCAUUUGCGAAGGCCAAUACAUCGGCGGAAACUGUUCCUCUAUAAAAGAUUGUGGCACGUGCAGUCUGUCACCUGGUUGUGUAUUUUGUAAUGGUACUGAUACGUGUGUUAACUCUAUAGAUACGGAAUGUGCGUCACAGAUUUGUCCUUUUAGAAAAUGCGUAGCGACUGAUUGUGUACAGUGUCACCAGCUGGAACGUUGCGAAUGGAGUUAUUCAAGAAGAAUAUGUGAAAGAACCAACACCACCCAUGAAGCGCACGUGAUCGGCCAAUGCCCCGCCUCCUGCUCCACCUACCAAUCGUGCUCGGACUGCCUCAAGAUCCACGGCUGCCAUUGGUCGACGCGACUGCACGAGUGCCUAAACUCCGCCUCCCAGUCGGUGUAUUGCGCGGGAGGCACCUGCGGUCUGGUGCUCGAGUCCAACGACCCCAAACAGUGUCCCGAGCCUUGCAACGCUUUCGAUCAGUGCUCGAGCUGUUUGAGACACGGGAAUUGCGGGUGGUGCGCCGCCCCUGGAGAUAGUGGGAAGGGGAUGUGCUCGGAGGGAAAUAGCGAGAGGCCGAUGAAGGGGGAUUGUAGUAAGGUGGUCGAAGAAAUGGGGAGUUUAUUGGAAGAUUUCGUUGACGAUCAAAAUUACACGUGGCAUUACGUGACAUGUCCGAAAGAAAAUGAAUGCGCCAACGGUCACCACAGCUGCGCGAACGGUUCCGAAAUCUGCGUAGACUUGGACUACGGCUACAAGUGCGUGUGUGGCGAGGGCUAUAAGCUGGGAAGUACCGGAUGUGAACCCGUCUGUCCUCAAGGAUGUGUUAGGGGUCGCUGUGUGGCACCGUCGAAAUGUGAAUGUGAAUUCGGUUAUGUGGGGGCUAAUUGUUCGAUUCAGUGUCUUUGUCACGGCCAUUCCAACUGCGAAGGGCCUGACAAACUGGAUCACUGUAUCAAGUGUCAUAAUAACACUAAGGGUGACAGGUGUGAAUUUUGCGAACCGUUUUUUGUCGGAGACCCCACCAAUCGAACAGCGUGCGUUCCAUGUUCGGAAUACUGUCACGGACAUUCCAACUAUUGCGUUGAUGCCAAUUCUACGUUCUCUAUACAGCGCAACGACUAUGUCGACGUUGAAGUACUAUUGGAAACGUUACACGUCGGUCCUAAAGGCGACGCAGUUUGCCUGAGAUGCACGGACAAAACCACAGGGAACAGAUGCGACGAGUGCAUUACAGGGAACUUUAGGGGGUCCGAUGUGCUCGGAGACCCGUGUAGGUCGUGCGACUGUCACGGCCACGGGACGAAAUGUCAUCCUGUGACAGGUGACCAGUGCGACUGUCAAAAUAACACCGUAAGCGACGAGUGUUCUGGACAGGGUAGAAAUUCUGCCCAGCCUUCUUGUUGGGAGGUACAAUGUGCCAAAUGCAGAGAAGGAUUUUUAGGAACGCCCACUAACGGAAGGCAAUGCUACAAGCAAAUGUCUGUCGACAAUAAAAUGUGUUUCAAUGCCAAACCAAUUGAUGAAUGCAAGAUGCCUAGACCUUUACAGCCAGGCGAGUUGGUGUUUUUCGUGAUACAGCCUAGAUUCAUGAACGUAGAUAUUAGGAUUGUAGUGGACGUGACUCAAGGGGCUUUAAACGUGUUUAUGAGUACACACGAUGACACCUACGUUGCUCGUCCCAACACUACAACGGGAAUCAAUGACAUUGAACUAGAUGAAAUUUACAGACCAUUUGAGAAUGGAAGCCAUAGAUCUGAAGACAUGCAUAUCAAAACCGAGGCGGUAGGCCUUCGAACUUACAUCACAGUGACGCAGCCAAAGACUAUUUUGACAGUUAGGAAUCUCACUUCUAGGCUUGUAAUCACACUUCCAGAGGUAUGUUUCGCACAAAAUAACUUCCAAGAUAGUAAAUUGGAAUACCACAAAUUAGAGAACACCCGCUUCUUCCUCGUCCUCCAAUCAAUCGACGAGCACCAGCCAGCCUACGGCGUGGUCUUCUCCCGCCAGGACCAGCUCCACAUCGACCUCUUCGUCUUCUUCUCCGUCUUUUUCUCGGUGUUCUUCCUCUUCCUGGCCGCGUGCGUGGUGGCGUGGAAGGCCAAACAGGCGGCCGACGCGCGUCACGCCCGGCGCAGGCACGUAGUGGAGAUGCUACACAUGGCCAAGAGGCCGUUCGCCGGUGUGACGUUGGAUCUGACGACGAAAACGCCGACGGGCAAGAGGAACGCGCAUCACGAGGUCAGGCCGGUGGCUAUCGAACCAACAGGUGACAACGUGGCAGCUGUGGCCACCGUAUUCGUAAGCCUGCCCGGAGGACAGAAUCUCCCAGUCAAACUGGCUCUAGCCUCGUCGCUCAUAUUAUUGGCUAGGCAGUUUCCGACAAGCAGUCGAAUGUUUUUGAGAAGGCGAUCUAUACACGCAGCUCCCCCCACUUAAGUCGAUUAAUGUUCUCUCUACCUGUAUAUUGUCUAUAUGUAUUAUUUAAGUAUUUGUUAUUAUUUAUAAGAAAUAUACAUUCCUGUUUUUUAA